AUGGCCGAGGGUCAACAAUUGAAGGUCAUCUGUCAGUUGAUUGGAAUGCCAAAGAGAAUCAUAAUAAGCUUUUAUAUUAUGGAUGAAUAUACCUUAAUAUGUACGUAUGAUACUCCAAGAGGAGGGAAACAAUGUAAACGUGCAGUAACGUGCGAGUUAUUGUCAAAUAAUUCGCUUUUCAAUUUACAUACAUACAACAAUAAGUUUCAUAUUCAUCGGAUUAAACUAAGGAAAGAGUGA